AUGAGCGGUCCAUCUCGUGCUGCGCUGAUUGAAGAGAUUCGAGCGUUCAUCCCGCCGCUGGCGCAGCACCUGCACAAGGGGGCGAGCGGGAAGUUGGGCGUGUUCGGCGGCAGCGCCGAGUACACGGGGGCGCCCUACUUCGUGGCCAUCAGUGCCCUGCGCACCGGGGCCGACCUGGCCCACGUCGUCUGCACCCAGGCCGCCGCCACCGCCAUCAAGUCCUACUGCCCCGACGUCAUCGUCCACCCGCUCCUGCCCAGCCGCUCUUCGUCAUCUUCCUCCUCCGCUGGCGGAGACCUCACGGAGGAGGAGAGGCGAGGGGUCGACGCGGCCAUGGAGCAAAUAGGCGAGUGGCUGCCCAGGUUCACCGGUCUCGUCCUCGGCUCUGGCCUCGGCAGGGACAAGGCAGUGCAACUUUGCGCCAAGAAGAUAAUCGAGCAGGCCAAGGACCGAAAGAUGCCGCUCGUGAUCGAUGGGGACGGCAUUUCCAGCGUCGUCUGCGUGUGGCCAUCGCUCGUCGAGGGCUACAAGGAGGUGGUGUUGACGCCCAACUUUCCCGAGUACCAGCGACUGUGCAAGGCGGCCGGGUGCGAGGAGGACACGCCGGUCAUGGACCUCGCCAGAAAGAUGGGCAACGUGACGAUCGUACAGAAGGGACAGACCGAUAAGAUCAGCGACGGGCGCAUCGUUGUGGAAUGCACGGAAGCGGGAAGCCCGCGGAGAUGCGGUGGGCAGGGCGACAUCACCUCCGGCUCGAUCGGCACAUUCCUCUCCUGGGCGCACGCCUACAAGGAAAAGGACUCGCUCAAGUACCCUCCCAACGUGCUGGCGGGCUACGCGGGCUGCCUGAUGACAAGGGAGGCCAACAAGGCCGCCUUCGCGAAGAAGGGCCGCUCGACCAUCGUGUCGGAUAUGAUCGAGGAGAUCGGACAAGUGUUUGCCGAGUCUCUGGAGAAGCAUGCCAGCUCCCUCUGA